AUGAUGUUGUCCCGUACUCCACCCCGUAGAAACCCGGAAAAUCCGGAAGAUGUGAAACUGUUAAUCCAGAAACGUGGUCAAGUGAAAGCAAAGGUCACGCGAAUUUUCAAUUUCUUGGUCACAGCAGAAAAUGAAGACAGAAGGCUGUCACUUCCUCUUCUGCGGGUUCAUUCCAAGAGCCUGCAGGUGAUUUAUCAAGAAUAUAACGAUAUCCAUGAUGCCAUUGUUGCCGUCGUUGAAGAAGAAAAUGUUACUAGUCAGGAAGAGAAGUACAUUGAAUUUGAAACUCUUUACAACGAAACCCUUAUCAAAAUAGAAACGAUGAUCGAAGCAUUCGAGAAAGAAACCCGAGCAACAUUGCCCGUACCUAUGCCUGCGACUUCAGCUUCAGUAAAUCAAUCCUCAAAUCAACCUGUUAUCAUUCAAGCUCAAUCGUUCCGUACUCCCUUGCCAACCUUUGAUGGUCGUUACGAAUCAUGGCCACGCUUCAAGUCAAUAUUUCAAGACAUAAUGCAACGAUCAAACGAUUCUGAUGCAGUCAAGUUGUAUCAUUUGGAGAAUUCAUUGAAGUGUGAUGCAGAAGGUGUAAUUGAUUUAGAAACAAUUCAAAACAAUAAUUACGCUCGAGCUUGGGACAUUUUGGAAGAACGUUUUGGAAACCAAAGGCUGAUAAUUGAAUCACAUAUUCUUGCUCUACUGAAUAUGAAGAAGGUUUCAAGAAAGUCGUCGAAAGAUCUCCGAAAUCUCAUCGAUGAAUGCACCCGUCAUGUGGACAAUCUUCAAAAACUAAAUCAACGUUUGACAGGAGUAUCUCAACUGUUUGUGGUGACCCUACUAACACGUGCCUUGGACGACCAAACCCACGAACUUUGGGAAGCAUCUAUCAACCAAACCGAACUUCCAGAAUAUGAGCAGAUGGUCGAAUUCCUGAAGCAGCGGUGCGUGAUUUUGGAACGUUGCGAACCCACGAUUCUUGCUACAAAGACGUCAAAUUUCAAAGCUUCGAACUUCAAAUCUGGACCUUCUAGAUCGUCACAUUCUGCGACAGCAACAUCCGAAUAUGCGUGCGAUUUUUGUUCCGGUAAACAUCAGAAUUUCAAAUGUCCGACAUUCCAGAAGAUGACUGUAGAGCAGCGUCAAGAUAAGCUGAAGGAGAUACAUCUUUGCUUCAACUGUUUAAGAAAGGGCCAUCGUAGUGCAACAUGUCCUAGUGACAAAUCAUGUGGAAAGUGUUCCAAGAAGCAUCACACUUUAGUUCAUUUCGAGCGACGCGACAAGCCGGAAGUAAGAACUAAUAUACCAGCAGCAUCAACCGAAACAGAUCUAGUGCAACCAGCACGGGAGAGGCCUGUAACUGCAUCUUGUUCCAGUAUGUUCCGUCCACCAGUCAAGCAAGUUUUUCUGAUGACAGCUAUGGUGAAUAUUAUGUCCAAGAGUGGCGAAGCAUAUCAAGUUCGAGCAUUGUUAGAUUCAGGAUCUCAAAUCAAUCUGUUAUCGGAAUCUUUGAUGAAGAAAUUGAAUAUUCCGAAACAACCGGCUAACGUUCCCGUUAUUGGUGUAGGAGGUGCGAAAUCCCAUAUACGCCAUCGAGUGGUGGUGAGAAUGACGUCCAGCUAUAACAAUUUCUCUGCCUACGUUGAUUGCCUCGUCACGCCAAAGGUAACUGGAUCCGUUCCAUCAGCAAAUGUUCAAGUAGAUGCAUGGAACAUUCCCCUGGUGUUAUAUUAG